UGAUAAUAAAGCAAGGCUCUGUGAGGCGACAGAACCCAGAGAGUGUUGCUCACACAGAGGCUUCUGAGGAAAAGAUUCCCAAGGCAAACGGGAUUCAGUCUCAGACCAUAGCUAUUCCCUGUUCCAGUGCCUCAACAGAUUCUGAGAGAUUCCGUUGUCUCAGAAGCUGAAAGACGUCAUUCCAGAGACCCUAAGCAAAAGUGGCUGACAUCACCAGCAACAAGUACAAGCAUUCACCAUGUUCGUUUCCAGCGUGGUCGUUCGUCGAGCGAGAGAAGAAUGCUUUAUGGGAACAAUGCACCUCAAUGCCUUAAAUGGCUCCUCUGACACGCUAGGCCAGUCCGAAAACGAGAGCUCAAAGACAGGCUAUCCUUUCGGAGGCCUCUUUGGCGUAUCCCUAUCCGACACACACCCGUACAGACCUCACGACAGCGGGAGAACCUUCCACGAGAGCAGGCUCAGCUGCUGCAGCGGCAACAACCACAGCAGCACCGACAACACAGUCAUCACAUCGUGCUGUUCCACUUCGCCCUCCUCCUCCUACUUUCACACAACGUCGUCCACAUCUUCCACCUGCCCUAUUCCCUCCUCCUCCUCCUUGUCCUCCCCCUCCUCCUCCUCCCCCUCACCCUGCUGUAACUUAGUGUCAUCUUCGCCCUCACCCUCUUCCUCCUCCAAACGUGAGGCGUUUGGAAACAAAAUGUUGUCAUCUGCUUCUGCCUCACUUAUGUCCAGUGGUUCAAGUCGGCAUCGCGAGGCGCUUGAAUCUCUGAAAGGCACGUCUCACAGAGGAUGCUGUUCCCCCAGCGGCCCCAGGCGUCGAAGUCUUGACCUAGACACUGUGUCCAGUUGCUCCAGCAGGUGCCGCCUGGACGAAAUCUCGUUGUCCCUGGAGGAACUGGGUCCUCGGCCAACCGGCACCGGCAAGUCUUUUAGCAGGAGAGUCAGUGACGCCACGAUCAGCGAAAACGAGACAAGUGAUCUUGACAUGGCCAGUCUCAGCAUAACAGAGGUUGACGUGAUCUCAGUGGAAGCCCAGAGUCCCCGACGUGAGGCUCGAGCCCAAGAGGCAGGACACAAAAAACGGCGUAGACGUGCCCACACUACUGACUCGACCACCUCUGAACGAGCCAUCAAACUGCUGGAAAAGAUCAAAG